AUGGCGGGCGCCGCGGCUCCGGAGCCUCCAUGGCGUGCGUCAGUCGGCAGCAAGAGGUCGACGUCGGACGACGAGAUGAUGUCCGUCGACGCACUUGAGCUCUCGGAUGCUCUUGGCCUCGCAUGUAUCCAAGGCGGCGCUUCGAAGCGCUCCAGGAUGGAGGAGCAGGUGUUUGGGAAGAUGAGCGCGCUGAGUCUUUCGCUCGACAUCUCGAACGACGGGAAGGGGCGGGGUAAACUCCGCGGCUCAGGGCCGGCGUCCGGGACGAGAGGGAAUAAGAAGCGCGGCGAUGGGACAGUUCACGUGAAGCUCGACCUGGGAGCGAUGAAUCUGGUAGGAGGAGUGGGAGCGCACGUGCCGGGCAGAGGUCGGGUCAACACUCAGGUGCCAAGAGAGCAUCUCGCGCAGGGCAUCUGGAAGACGAUACACGGCAGUGUCGACUCCAUAGAGCCGUGGUCAUUAGAGAUUCGCAGGGCUACCCCGGAAACUGUCCACGGGCUCGAGACCGCUGUUGGGCCGUCUGGGCCGAGCCUGGACUUCACGGACUUCCAGGCGUUGGCGGGCAGGAUGAAACACCUCGUGUCUCUCAGCCUUCGAUCUGGGAGAGGCGUCGGAGACGAGGGUGCCAAAGCUUUGGCGAGGGCGCUCCAUGACGCAGUUCCUUGCCUGAAGACUCUGAAUCUCAGUGGAAAUAACCUAGGCCCCGAAGCCGCAGCGGCGAUUGCGGGGGCGCUGAUGAAGGUUCAGGACGAGCCACUCUCGAUGCCCCAGUUGGCAAGCGGUUGUGCGUUAGAGGAACUCGACCUCGCGGGGAAUCACAUCGGGAGCGACGGCGCGUGCUCCCUCGCGGGCGCGCUCGUGGAGGUCGGAUGUCCAAGGCUGAAAAAACUGGAUCUCACGCACAAUGUCAUCGGUCCGAGGGGAGCCGCGGCUGUCGCUGAGAUCUUCCUUGGGCAAGCACUGAGGGGCGAGGGCGACGGGAACCACACAGCGCACCGCCGCCAUUCCCACCAACGCGGUUACGCGCUCGAGGAGUUGAAUCUGCGGCACAACGGAAUAGGAGACUCUGGCGCGAACUCGAUUGCGAACGCGAUCACUGAGGCUGCCAGGCUUAGGGCAAAGACCAGUGGCCCUUUGAUGAGCGGGCAAAGCAGUUUUGUUUCCCCGGGCCUCCUUGAUGAUGCCAGGUACGAGCCACACUGCCUCAGGGCGCUUCGAUUGGGUUUCAACGGGAUCUCAGCUGUCGGCGCACAAAGCCUGAGUGAAGCGCUGAACGCGGCUGUGCGUGCUGCGAGAUUAUCGCUCGGCGAUGAUGCAGCGAAGGACGCACCAUGUGUGCGCGAGCUCGACUUGGCGUGCAACUCGAUCGGGCCCGACGGUGCCAAAGCUUUGGCAAAGGCGCUCGACGGCCUCGAGGAACUUGACCUCGGAAACAAUGGCAUCGGUGACGGCGGCAUUAAGUGGCUCGCUAAGGCUCUAAAGGAGAACACGACCCUUAGGAAGCUGAUCGUGUCGGGGAACAACGUGACCGCCGAGGGCACUUUUUGGGUCGCGGAAUCAAUGUCAACGAACCAAGACCUCAGGCAUCUGGACUUGGGAUCGAACGAAAUCGGGGAUGCGGGCGCUAAGGACAUCGCAGAAGAUCUGCGAGAUAACACCGGCCUUCACUCUCUGAUUUUGAGAAGGAACGGAAUCGGCGACGAGGGUGCCCUCGAGCUCUGCAGCGCACUGGAUCCAGUUGCUCUCGACACGCGUCAGCAAAAGACAAAUGCCUACCUGACUGAGCUGAGCUUGCGUGGGAACCUCAUAUCCGACAAGGCCGCCAUCGAGGUGAAGCGAAGGGUGGGGCUCAGGAUGGACGUUGAGCUGCAGCAGCGCUACUGA